UGCUGUGCUUAAUAUCUCUACCCCACAGUCCCACACUCCAACCUCUCUGUUUCCCCGUCUCCUCUAAGCUGCUUAAACUUCUCAUUUUCUUUCUUCAACCCAUUACAGUUUUCUUGCUUUCGUUUCUUUGCCUUCGCUGGGUUUUUUAUUCUAAUGGAAGAUGGAGAGUGGGUUUUGGUGCGGAAGCCCGCAGAGAAGGACUUUUGGAACCCCACCUCCAUGGACCUUGCCGACACUUCCAAGCCGUUGAAAGUUACUUUCAGUGGGCCUGCCAAGCACUGGACCGACGCAAUUCCCAUCGGAAAUGGUCGCCUUGGCGCCAUGGUGUGGGGCGGCAUUGCAUCGGAAACUCUUCAGCUCAAUGAGGACACAUUGUGGACUGGGGUUCCAGGAGAUUACACGAAUCCGGAGGCUCCAGCCGCCCUAGCGGAGGUUAGGAAACUUGUUGACAAUGGUGAUUAUGCUGAGGCUACAAAAGCAGCGGUCAAGUUGUCAGAUCAUCCCUCUGAUGUUUACCAGCUUCUGGGGGAUAUCAAGCUAGAGUUUGAUGAAUCACAUGUGAAGUACACGGAAGGCACAUAUAGCAGAGAGCUUGACUUGGAAACUGCAACAGCAAGAGUGAAAUAUUCCGUUGGUGAUGUUGAAUUUACGAGGGAACAUUUUGCUUCGAAUCCUGGUCAGGUUUUAGUAACAAAGAUUUCUGCAAGCAAACCUGGGUCACUUUCAUUUACAGUUUCUUUAGACAGCAAGUUACACCACCAUUCACAGGCAAACGGGCAAAAUCAGAUUAUAUUGCAGGGAAGUUGUCCUGGUAAAAGAAUCCAACCAAAAGUGGGCUUAAAUGAGACUCCAAAGGGAAUUCAGUUUACUGCAGUUCUUGAUUUACAAGUUAGUCAAGGAGGUGUUAUACAUAAUAUAGAUGACAAGAAGUUGAAGGUUGAAGGUUCUGAUUGGGCUGUUUUGCUUCUGGUAGCUUCAUCUUCGUUUGAUGGUCCAUUCACUAUGCCUUCAGAUUCUAAGAAGGAUCCCACUUCGGAGACUCUCAAUGCAUUGAAAUCUAUAAAAACCUUGUCAUAUUCUGAUCUUUAUGCCCACCACUUGGAUGACUAUCAGAAUCUUUUCCAUCGUGUAUCUUUGCAGCUUUCUAAAAGUUCGAAGAGCAAUUUAGGAGAUGGCUCUUUGGAGAUGAAGGAAGUUAAAUCUUCUACAAAAAAUUCACAUUUCAGUGAAAGCAACGAUGGUGCAGUUUCAACUGCUGAGCGGGUGAAAUCUUUUCAAACAGAUGAAGAUCCUUCCUUUGUGGAGCUUUUGUUUCAGUACGGUCGGUAUUUGCUUAUUUCUUCUUCACGACCUGGAACUCAGGUGUCAAACCUGCAGGGUAUUUGGAACAAGGAUAUUGAGCCAGCAUGGGAUUGUGCUCCUCAUCUCAAUAUUAAUCUUCAAAUGAACUAUUGGCCAUCCCUUCCUUGCAACCUUAAAGAGUGCCAGGAACCUUUGUUUGAUUUUAUUUCCAGUCUAGCAAUCAAUGGGAGUAAAACAGCAAAAGUGAAUUAUGAAACAAGUGGUUGGGUUGCACAUCAAGUGACUGACAUAUGGGCAAAAACAUCACCAGAUCGAGGUGAGGCUGUAUGGGCUUUAUGGCCAAUGGGGGGAGCAUGGCUCUGCACUCAUUUAUGGGAACAUUUCACCUAUACAAUGGACAAAGAUUUUCUAAAAAAUAAGGCAUAUCCUUUGUUAGAGGGAUGUACAUCAUUUCUUCUGGACUGGUUGAUUGAGGGCCCUGGAGGCUAUCUGGAAACCAACCCAUCAACUUCUCCCGAGCAUAUGUUUGUUGCUCCUGAUGGCAAGCCUGCUAGCGUAAGCUACUCGUCAACAAUGGACAUUGCAAUCAUAAGAGAAGUAUUCUCUGAAAUUGUUUCCGCAGCUGAGGUUCUGGGAAGAAAGGAUGAUGCUCUUAUUGGAAAAGUCCGUGAAGCUCAGGCGAAGUUACCACCAACAAAAAUUGCUAGAGAUGGUUCCAUUAUGGAAUGGGCAGUAGAUUUUCAGGAUCCAGAGGUGCAUCACCGGCAUGUAUCACACCUUUUUGGCCUGUUUCCAGGGCACAUGAUUACUGUUGAAAAGACUCCAGACCUUUGUAAAGCUGUUGAUUUUACCCUCUUUAAAAGAGGGGAGGAGGGUCCAGGAUGGUCAACAACAUGGAAAACUGCUUUGUGGGCACGUCUUCAUAAUAGUGAGCAUGCUUAUCGUAUGGUCAAGCAUUUAAUAAGUUUGGUGGAUCCAACUCAUGAAGCUGACUUUGAGGGAGGACUCUACAGCAACUUGUUCACUGCACAUCCUCCUUUCCAAAUUGAUGCCAAUUUUGGUUUUUCAGCAGCAGUAGCAGAAAUGCUGGUUCAAAGCACCAUGAAAGAUCUAUACUUACUCCCCGCUCUUCCCCGGGAUAAAUGGGCCAACGGCUGUGUGAAAGGAUUGAAAGCACGCGGUGGGGUGACAGUCAACAUAUGCUGGCAAGAAGGUGAUCUCGAGGAAUUUGGGCUUUGGUCGAUGGAAGAGAACUCUGUCAAAAGAUUACAUUAUAGAGGAACUACAAUCACAGCAAAGAUAUCAACUGGAAAAGUUUACACUUUCAAUAGACAACUAAAAUGCGUCAAGACAUACUCCUUGUGGGAAGCGGUUUUUUCUUGAACAUCGAGAUCAAUGCUAUCUCCAUGUUGAGCAAUGCAUUUUUUUUUUGUUACUCCAAAUAAAUUUUGCAGAGGAACUUGGGGUUCUUUUGCUUACUUUGUUCCAUUCAUUCCAUCUUUUCUUUUCUUUCUCUUGCUUCUUCUCUUGUCAUGGUUGUUAGCUUCGAAGACAUUACAUUUCCUCUAUAGGAUUGUAGCUUUUGGUUUUCAAUUGUCAUUGCUAAGUUGGAGUUAUAGGCUAUAAAGAUCAGUGAUCACCAUUGAUUUUCCUUUAUUUGGCUUUCUCCUAUAGGCUUUGAACUAUACCUUAAUUACCAAAUUGGUCCUCAAUGUAUUUUUUUUUGUCAUGAAUAGUUCAUAUGUUUUAUGCCGUCACUUGUGGCCUCUGGCUAUAGCACUGUUGAAAUAAAAAAAGCACGUGGCAAAAAAAAUAAUUGAACUUAA